CCACAUGGUUAUACCUUGUGCACACAAAUAAAGUCCCAAAAGGGACUGAAAGUGAUCAGAAUAAGUGUCUGAAUCAUAUCUACAUUUGGCUACCAUGGAGACCACAUGAUGCAGAAUGGUUAUUGAUACAAUGUAUAAUAAAAGGAUUCGAGAAAAUAAAAACGUUUCGCAAUCAGUAUCAAUUUACUUGCACAAGUGUGUAAAUGCAUAAAAGCAACAAAAUAGACAGCAGAUGUUUUUUGUCAUUUAAAACUAAUUAUUAUGAUUCUUAUUAUUUUUAUGUCAGAUCUGGUCCAGCAUCUAAACCACUGAAGAGGAAGCGUCCUUUCUGAGUAUCUGUGAUACCCAUCCCCACCCCAUCGCCCUGAACAGAAACAUAGCUUUGUUCCCUGAUCAUUUAGACACAACACACCACCGGAUAGAGAAGAUAUUUGGAGAAACAUUUAAAUCAGACUACUUCAGCAACUUUAUUUGACUGGAAAUACUGAAAACGGGAAUUGCGUCGGCCGUGUCCAGGACUGGAGAAUAAAAGGGAAGCAGAAAGUCAUGAAGUGUUCAUGGAAAUUAGUACUGGUGCUGAUAUGCCUUUGUCUGGCAGUGCAGUACACAGCCAUCCGAUCCAUUCACGAUUUCUUUCCUAGACCAUGCCAGGACUUCAGGCAAUGCCAGAAAUGUCCUGAGAAAGAUAACAGCUGGAAAUCUUCAGACAACAACUACACCCCCACAAAUCAUAACUCUGUCUCCACUCGAAAACAUAUCCAUCUUUUUUCACAAACCCGCAGCGGCUCUUCCUUUGCUGGCCAGCUGUUUAACCAGCACCCAGACAUCUUUUAUAUGUAUGAGCCUCUUUACCAUGCCCAACAGACCUUCUGCAAUUACACCAAGUGUCUUUGGAAGCCCCUGGACAGAGCAGUGCAGGGAGUCUACAGGGACCUUCUAUACAACCUAUAUACCUGUGACCUUAAUUUCCUGGAGAACUACAUCCAGCCAGAGCCUCAAGAUCAUCUGACAGCUUCUUUCUUUCGUCAGACCUCCAGCCAUGCUCUGUGCUCCCCACCCGUCUGCCAAGUGGAUAAUAAGAAGAUUAUAGAAAUGCAGCCAAAUACUUUUGACUGGUGUAGCAAAAAGUGUCGACUUUUAAAUCUUACUUUAGCCUCAAUGGCUUGCCAGUCCAGAAGCCACGUGUCCAUCAAGACGGUACGCAUCCCUCAGGUCAGUGACCUUCGCCUCCUAACAGAAGACCCACGAUUAGAUCUGAGGAUUAUUCACCUGGUGAGAGACCCCAGAGCCAUCUUGGCAUCACGCAUAAUUGCGUUCCCCGAUCAGUUCAUCGCCUGGAAGAUCUGGAAUGCCACAGACAGGCAACCACAUUAUGUGGACUUGGGACAGAUCACAAAAACAUGUCAAGACAUGGAGUAUUCAGUGGAUAUUGGUCUGAAAAAGCCAGCCUGGCUGCACAGACGGUAUUUACUAGUGCGCUAUGAGGACCUAGCACUUAAUCCUGAAGCCAAGGCCAAAGAGAUAUAUAAAUUCCUAGAUUUGGAUAUAGACAAUCAAGUUCUUACAUGGAUAUCUCAAAAUACCAAUGUCACUUCCUCGGCUAAGUCAAAAUACUCCACCAGCAGAGACUCCAAAACCACAACAGAGAGCUGGAGACUGCAUCUGGGCUUUGACAUUGUAAAGACAGUGCAAAAAUUAUGUAAUAAUACUUUGGACUUAUUGGGGUACAAAACAGUACAAUCAGAGGAGGAGCUGAGAAACACAAGAAAUAGCUUAGUGGAACCAAGAACCUUUAGUUAGUGAAGAAAUUGAGAAAGUUAAUUUCAUUUCCUAAACAAUCAUGUCGCUAGUGCAUAGUGAUCUAGCCUCUCUAAUCAGUUUUAAAAUGCACUAGC